UCUAACUUUGUGUUACCUAGGUACCUACUAGGCACGCAAUCGUAUAAUACCCCGAAUUUUCUCCAAACCAAUAAUCUUCUACUCUUUUCUUUAUAUGUAUCUCCCCCCAAUGCUCUUCUCCAAACUCGCUCCUAAACUCACAUCCCCAUCUAGACGUCUAUUGUACUCUUCCCUUGCAAACACCAAUACCACCGCCGCUGCUAUGAAGCUCCUCUACCCCACCUCCCUCAAACUCGACAUCCAGAGCCUCGAGGGCUUUAGCACCGACCUCGUCCCGUACGACGUCAAGGCCCCGAUCCCGGACUCGGCCACCGACGCAGAUAUCCUGGUAACCUGGACCAACAGCGCCGACAACCUCAAAGACGCAGCGAAGAAGCUUACAAACCUCAAAUGGAUCCAAUCCCUCGCCGCGGGCCCCAAUGAUGUCCUAGCCGCUGGCUUCCCCGCCUCGGUUAGAAUCACUACGGGCUCGGGUCUCCACGACAAAACUGUUGCGGAACACGCGCUUGGGUUAUUGCUUACAGCGGCGAGAAGGUUCGACGAGAUGCGCGAGUUCCAACUGAAGAAGACGUGGCCGCAGCAUCUCGGCGGCGCGCAGCCCGAUCGUCCCAAGGACCGGUUCACCACGCUCCGCGACGCGAACGUGCUGAUUUGGGGGUACGGCAAUAUCGCGAAGACGCUGGCUCCGCAUUUAACUGCGUGGGGAGCUACUGUUAAAGGCGUGGCUAGAAGUGCGGGGGUUAGAGAGGGGGUUCAGGUUUAUGGCGAGGAGAGCCUGCCGGAGCUGUUGCCGACGACGGAUGCGCUGGUUAUGAUUCUACCGGGGAGCGAGAGUACGAAGGAUGUGCUUAAUGCGGAGAGGUUGAAGCUGCUGCCGAAACAUGCGUGGGUUGUUAAUGUGGGGAGGGGCACGAGUAUUGAUGAAGAGGCGCUGGCGGAUGCGUUGGAGAAGGGGGAGUUGGGGGGUGCGGCGUUGGAUGUUUUUAAGACGGAGCCGUUGCCGGUUAGUUCAAGGUUGUGGACGACGCCGAAUGUGCUUGUGAGUCCCCAUGCGGCGGGUGGUAGGCCACAGGAUGCGGAGGCGUUGAUUGCGUAUAAUUUGAGGAGGUUUUUGGCUGGGCAGGAGUUGAGGAAUUUGGUGUAGCAAUUACGGAGUAAGCUAUGAAUGAAGUGGAACGGGAAGAAAAUGAGGAGUUGUGAUGUAGAUGAUGGCAUUGCUAAAUGGAACCGCAUUUCGAUAGCUUGUGCUCACGAGAAUCAUUAUAGACUCGAUUUCUUUUACUAUUAUUGAGGAUCACUCACAGCUGCAUAUGACGGGUAGG